CGUUCCAUUAACGCAAAAAUUAUGGACAAGAGAAUAAAAAAAUAAUAACAAAAAUAACAUAACAUAAAAGGACGAAGGAGGACUAGAAAAGUGAAACAUUGUUUAGUUGUCGUAGACUUGGUUGUGUUGUGGGUUCUGUCUUCUGAAUCUAACUAACAACAAACCAAAGAAGCAUAGAUAGAUCUAUAUCUAUCUAAAUCUAUUAGUACAAGUUACAAAAACGGAACAUAGUUUCAGUUUAGUACUAUAAGCAAAAUAUGAAAUCAUAUUACAAUGUUGUUUCUUCUCUCUUUCUUGUCACAAUAUUAUUAUUAUUUUUUACAUCUGUCAAAUGUGAAGACCCUUAUAGAUUCUUCACUUGGAAAAUCACAUAUGGUGAUAUCUAUCCUCUUGGUGUUAAACAACAGGGGAUCUUGAUUAAUGGCCAGUUUCCAGGGCCUCAAAUAGAUGCUGUUACCAAUGAAAACUUGAUUAUCAGUGUCUAUAAUUACCUCACUGAACCAUUCCUCAUUUCUUGGAAUGGCAUACAGCACAGGAGGAACUCAUGGCAGGAUGGAGUUUCUGGCACAAACUGUCCGAUCCCGCCUGGGAAGAACUUCACUUACACUCUCCAGGUGAAGGACCAGAUCGGUACCUACUUCUACUUCCCAUCACUUGGAAUGCAUAAAGCUGCUGGUGCAUUUGGUGGCAUCAGAAUUUGGAGCCGUCCUCGCAUUCCUGUUCCUUUUCCUCCUCCUGCUGGGGACUUUACCUUACUUGCUGGUGAUUGGUCCAAGCUAGGCCACCGCAGAUUGAGACGAGUCCUGGAGAAUGGCCACAAUCUUCCCUUCCCUGAUGGCCUUCUUAUCAAUGGCCGUGGUUGGAAUGGAAACACAUUCACUGUCGAUCAAGGUAAGACAUAUAGAUUCAGAAUAUCAAAUGUUGGGCUCGCAACAUCCAUCAACUUCAGAAUCCAAGGACACUCAUUGAAACUUGUAGAAGUAGAAGGAUCUCAUACCCUCCAAAACACUUAUUCUUCACUCGACAUCCAUCUCGGGCAGUCCUAUUCUGUGCUGGUCAUGGCUAACCAGCCUGUCAAGGAUUACUACAUAGUUGUCUCUACGCGAUUCACCAGACGAGUACUCACAACAACUUCCAUUCUUCAUUACAGCUAUUCACGCAUCGGGGUAUCUGGUCCUGUUCCUCCGGGCCCUACUCUUGAUGUUGUUUCAUCUGUCUUCCAAGCCAGAACAAUUAGGUGGAACCUGACAGCAAGUGGACCAAGACCAAACCCUCAAGGAUCUUAUCACUAUGGAUUGAUCAAGCCGACUCGAACCAUCAUGCUUGCAAACUCUGCUCCUUACAUAAAUGGCAAGCAGAGGUAUGCUGUCAACAGUGUAUCGUAUAUUGCGCCAGACACUCCAUUGAAACUUGCUGACUACUUCAACAUUCCCGGAGUUUUCUAUGUUGGAGGCAUCUCUACCUCGCCCACCGGAGGCAAUGCCUACCUCCAAACUGCUGUCAUGGGUGCUAAUUUCCAUGAGUAUGUGGAGAUUGUGUUCCAAAAUUGGGAGAAUUCUGUGCAAUCAUGGCAUAUUGAUGGCUAUUCCUUCUUUGUUGUAGGGUUUGGUAGUGGGCAGUGGACACCUAAUAGUAGAGGACGCUACAAUCUGAGAGACACUGUUGCUAGAUGUACUACUCAGGUUUAUCCGAGGUCAUGGACAGCAAUAUACAUGGCUCUUGACAAUGUUGGAAUGUGGAAUAUAAGGUCUGAGAAUUGGGAAAGGCAGUACUUAGGACAACAAUUCUAUCUUAGGGUAUACACACCUUCCAAAUCAUUGAGAGAUGAAUAUCCAGUCCCAAAGAAUGCUCUUCUUUGUGGCAGGGCAAGUGGUCGUGUCACAAGGCCUUUCUAGUUUAAUUAGGAUAGUUUAUAGUAUAUAUAUAUAACAUGAUGUCACGAGAGGGUGGCAUAAUGUUUAUAUCUAUAUGACAACUUUCUUCUUCUACUGAGUGAGAGUAUACACGCGGGAAAUUCAUUAUUCAAAGCUAGCUCACCUUGAGCUUCCACUGUUAGUCUCAUUUUUUUUUAAACAAGUGAAUGAUGAAGUAUAUGAAUAUGUAGUAAGUAUGAACUGUCAUCAUUUUUUCAAGUAUUAAUAAGAUUAGUUCAUUCUGUACUCUUUACUAGUAUUCCUAGUAUGUAACCCAUGCCUCCUAAGGGUAUCUUUAUCUGUAUUUUUUUUUUUUUUGGUUACAUCUUUAUCUGUAAUUGAUUGUUACAGAAUGCAUUUUUUU